AUUGACGUUUUGAAAAAACCAAACCAGAAAUCAUAUCAAAUCAAAACAAAGAUGGUUUAAGUUUUAUGUUUAUUUUAUUGUGUUUCUAAUUAAGUAUAAAUAAUUUAUGUAAAAUGGCAUCCGUAAAGGUAGCAGUAAGGGUGCGACCUUUUAAUCAAAGGGAACUUGACAUGGAUGCUCAGUUAAUCAUACAGAUGCAAGGAAAAACUACUGGGAUUUUGAAUUGUAAAGCAAAUACAAGAGACGAGAGCAUUCGAUAUAAGGAAUUUACAUUUGACUAUUCUUACUGGUCACAUGAUUCUAAUUCUGACAAUUUUGCAUCUCAGGAACUAGUUUACAAUGACUUAGGAAAGGAAGUUAUAGAUUGUGCUUUUGAAGGCUAUAAUGCAUGUGUUUUUGCUUAUGGACAAACUGGAAGUGGAAAAACUUUCACUAUGAUGGGAUCACCUGAAAACCAAGGUCUGAUUCCACGUAUUUGUAAAGCUCUCUUUGAAAAAAUGUCGGAAAAUUCAAAAAGAGGGACUACGCAUAGAGUUCAAGUCAGCUAUUUAGAAAUUUAUCAGGAAAGAGUAGCCGAUUUGCUCAGAGGUCGAGACAACAAUUCACUCAAAGUUAGGGAACAUCCUAAGAAGGGACCAUAUGUUCAGGGAUUAACAACUUGCCUAGUAACUAAUUAUGGACAUAUUCAAGAGUGUAUGGAAAGAGGGAAUUCUCAUAGGACAACUGCAGCUACAAAUAUGAAUGAUGUCAGUAGUAGAAGCCAUGCAAUAUUUACUAUUACCUUUGUACAAGCCGGAUAUUGCGAUGGAGUACCCAGUGAAACAGUAUCAAAAAUUCAUCUCGUCGAUUUAGCAGGUAGUGAGCGGGCAGAUGCAACAGGUGCUACUGGACAGAGACUUAAAGAAGGAGCUCAUAUCAAUAAAUCGUUGGUUACAUUAGGUUCUGUGAUAUCUGCUUUAGCGGAGUUGUCAGUGGAGCAAAAUGGUCAAAAGAAAGCUAUUUUUAUACCUUAUAGAGACUCCGUCCUUACAUGGCUCCUGAAAGAUAGUCUCGGUGGGAAUUCUAAAACUAUUAUGAUUGCUGCUAUCAGUCCUGCAGAUUGUAAUUAUGGUGAAACGUUAAGUACACUUAGGUACGCAAAUAGAGCUAAGAAUAUUAUUAACAAACCUACAGUCAACGAAGAUCCUAACGUUAAAUUAAUUAGAGAAUUAAGAGACGAAAUCAGUAAACUCAGGGCAAUAAUGUUCUGUGAACAACGAAGUGAUAUGUUAGCGCAACUACAGGAAAAAGAAGCCCGAGAAAAAGAAUUGACAGAAGAAUGGACCGGAAAAUGGAGAGAAGCACAAGCGAUUCUUAGGGAGCAAAGAGCCCUUGGUCUAAGAAAGGCAGGUCCUGGAGUGGUCUUAGAUUCUGAUAGGCCGCAUUUGGUAGCAAUUGACGACGAUCCUUUGACUACUGGUGUUACUCUUUACCAUCUUAAGGAAGGAAAAACUACAAUCGGGACAGAAGAAUCUGAUGUUAAACAAGACAUUGAAUUAAGGGGGACUGGAAUGGAGCCACAGCAUUGUACCAUUACCUUCGAAAAUGGUGUUGCAACAUUAAUUCCUCACCUAGGAGCGCAAGUGAUGCUUAAUAAUACUCUUUUGGAAUCUCCCGCUAGACUUUCUCAAGGAUGUAUAAUUUUCAUUGGAAAGGCACAUGUUUUCAGAUUCAACGAUCCCGCAGAGGCAGCGGAGUUAAGAAAAGGCGAGAAAAUACACAAUUUGUCCAGACUUAGUCUUUUAAGUUGGUCUACUCCAGAUUUGGCUGUAUCAAUGGAAAAUCUACAAUUAAUGAAUGCGGACGAUGAUAAGAAUGAGAUAAAAGUAGAUAUAGAAAAUCAGCGGCUGAAUUUCGAAAAAGAAAAGGAACAGUUUGAAAAGGAGCAGGUUGCGUUUGAAAGGAAACAAGAAAUAUUUGAAAAAAGAAAAAAGAGUUUAGAGGAAGCUCAAGCGAAGUUAGAGGCGGAGAAAAUGAGCGUGAAAAAAGAAUUUGAGGAGCAGACCCGACAAUUGCAGGACGAUUGGCGAAAUCUAGCGACCCAGCAACGACAAAAAGAAUUAGAACUAGAAGAGAAGGAAAAAGAACUUAUAUUAAAACGAGAAAAAUUGGAGAGGGAUAGGAAGACUAUAUUAUCAGAGAGUUAG